UCUGCAUCUGUAGUCACUGCCAGAAUAAAGGCAUGUUUAAUCUUGUUGGAUCUGGAGUUACUGAGAUACACAUAAAUGCACAAUGCUGCAAACAAAAAUGCAACCGAAGUUACUCAAUGUAAAUAGAAUACCUCAUCGACCAAAGAAACGUAGGAAGAUAACUGUUGUAUUUGAUGAGAAAAAAAGACGAGACUUUUUAAAAGGAUUUCGUAAAAGAAAAUUACAACGAAAAGAAAAAGCUGCAGAAAAAUUGCAACAACAGUUGAAGGAAGAACGAAAAAAGAUUAAACAAGGAGUACGAGAAGAGUAUAAAAGCUUGGUAUCAAGUCGUGAUAUUCCUGAAAUUCAACAAUUAUUAUCUCAACAUGAAUAUGAAACAGAGGGGCAUACCAUUAGUAUCUUGGAGCUAAAUGUUGCAGAUCUGACAGACAGUGCGUUAAUUGGUGAAAAUAAAAGUAACAUUGAAACAGAAGAAAACGAGAAAGAGGAAAGUGAUAACAAUUCUGAAGAUGAAGAAGAGAUUGAAGGAAUGCCUUUAAAUGGAAAAAGUAAAAGCACAACUUCAAAGAAAACUAUUGAAAAUAAAUUAAUUGGGAAUCAGAAAGACUUGAAGAAAGCAAUGAAGAAAGCUACAUUAAAACAAGUAAAAAAGAGUAAAGUAUUCCAACGAAAACAGAAAUUAGAACGCCAAAAAAAUAAGAAAGAAAGUAUGAGGAAACAAAAACGUAAUGAGAAAAUUCGGAAACAUAAUGGAAAGCUUAAAAAAAAGUUAAAGCAAUAAUAUUCUUGAAUUAUGUUCUUUAAAUAUUGUAAAUAUAAAUAAAUACAUUUUAUAAUUAA